UGCAGGUACUAUGGAUUAUCUGUGUGGUUCCCUGAUGUCAUUAAACAUCUGCAGGUGAACAUGUUGCCCAUUGAAAAGAUCGAGAGAGAGAAAUUUUCAAAUUUCAGUGUUAACUUUACAAUGGCAAAUCAGUUGCACACGGGAGCGGAAUACGACAAUGGCAGAUUUCUAGGGAUGAAGUUCAAAUCUGUUACUUUCAAAGAUUCACUUUUUAAGGCCUGCCUCUUUGAGGAUGUGACUUCAGUCAACACCUACUUCAAGAACUGCACAUUUAUUGACACUGUUUUUGACAACACAGAUUUUGAGCCAUAUAAAUUCACUGAUAGCGAAUUUCAAAACUGCUCAUUUUUUCACAACAAGACGGGAUGCCAGAUUACCUUUGAUGAUGACUAUAGUGCCUACUGGAUUUAUUUUGUCAACUUCCUGGGGACAUUGGCCGUGUUGCCAGGGAACAUCGUGUCUGCUCUCCUGAUGGACAGAAUUGGGCGCUUAACGAUGCUAGGUGGCUCGAUGGUGCUUUCGGGGAUCAGCUGUUUCUUCCUCUGGUUGGGCAGCAGUGAGUCCAUGAUGGUAGGCGUGCUGUGUCUGUAUAAUGGAUUGACCAUUUCGGCCUGGAACUCUCUGGAUGUGAUCACUGUGGAACUGUACCCCACAGACCGCAGUUUUUUUGAAAACCUAAAACUGCUCGAAAAAGUGUUACUGAACAAACGAGGAGUUCAGCCUCAUGGCAUCUCCGUGGAGGUGGGGGAGGUGGUGGAUGAUGGUGUCAUUCUACUGAAGUCCUCUGCGGUACCCAGCAGGUAG